AUGUCCAUCCUUUCGAGCCUCAAGAAGUCGAGGCAGUCGGCCAAGGAGCACAACAAAAAGGAGGCCGAAAAGGCUUCAGAGGAGCACAAGCAGGUGCCCUGGAAGCAUGACGACCGACCAAAGAUUCUCGAGCAGAACCGACGAAGGAGUGCCAUGGCCACGUCCAACCUAGGCACGAAAAUGCCAGGACCAGGAGGACUCCCUCGUGUUGGCAGCAGUCUUUCUCACGUCACUUACCCCUCGGUGCACGCCAACCCGAUGCGACACAUGCCCAGAGCCUACAGCUACAACGGCGUCCCGCCAAUGCCUGCUUGGGGCGGAGAUCGCUCCACCACCGUCAAUUACUCGGUACCUGAUCUCGCCCUGCCGUCCAUCAAGGGCAAAGAGGUUGAGAGGCUGCCUAUGUUCGAAUCAGGGCGGGCGAGCUCUUUAUCCAGCAAAGGCUCCCCUACUGGCAGUUCUGGUGAUUCAACCAGCUCUGAUGACCUUGAGAUGAGGCCUUCUCACCCCCGCCACAGCACGAUGCCCAUGACAUCGUCAGUAGGCAUGUCACCGCUACACCACACUUCUUCCGGCCGCUCCGUAGCACAUCGAUUGCAUCCAAGUUCACGUCGAGCAUCUGACGCCUCGGACCGGGGCGACCCUGCAGUUCUCGCUCGCGCUGCCGCCGCUUCAUCUCUAAGAGGCGAGGACCGGAGGCCACCACCAUCAUACCUCACACGAGGCUAUAGCUCGAUUCCCGCUGGUCAUGCACUCUCGCCGACGCAACUUCCCGGCGCGCUGCCCAUCAUCGAGCCAUCCGCCACGGGCGCAUCCUCGUCGAACAGUACCACCAGCCUCCAGAGCCUUUCUGUCGGACCGCAAUCGCUCUCAUCAUUCAACUUUGGCGGCUACUUCUCCUCGAACCCUACAUCGGCACCCUUAUCCACCAAGUCCUCCGUAUCCCUCUCUACACCAACGACACCGACAGCCACCGUGCCUGAAGAGCCCAACUGGGGGGAGAAGACGCCCGUGGCGACGCCUGCGGCGCCCGAAGCUACCCCGCAGGCGCCCGCCACCAUGGUGCCGCCGCAUCUCAAGUUUUCAGAUCGCCGCGCGUCAUCCCGAUCCAAGGUGGCUCGGUUCACAGAGCUUGAGACGAUCGACUCGCACACCGAGCAGCGCGCCCCCGAGCUCGCCAGUCAGGCUGUCACAGUCACGCUGCCACAAGAGAAGCAGCAGGCGAAAACAUUUGAGGAGCCUGUCUCUGCGCCCGUUCCGGCCAAGGUAGGACGGCGCCUCUCCAAGCAGCAGCCCGCCGGCGGGAAACUGCCCAAGAAGUCACGGUGGUCGAUGCGCGGUUCUGCUGUCGCCGUGUGAUCCAUUGUUCUCGACUGAAAAGCAUAGUC